GCAUAAGCAUUUAGUCCUUUUUUGUUUAAGUGCCUAAGCAGAAGUAAGUGACUCAAACUUCAGGAAGUAGCUGCGAGGACACGGUGGCAGGAAAUGACAGAAAACCUGAACACGGAACUGAAGCAGCAGCUCAUUUUCUUGCUCUGAAGAGGCAACAGCCAGAGAGGGAGCCAAGUGUGGACGUGAGGAGCUGGGAGCCCGGAGCAGCGCUCACACUGUUGAAGAUGUGGAAGUCUGUAGUAGGGCAUGAUGUAUCUGUUUCCGUGGAGACUCAAGGUGAUGACUGGGACACAGACCCUGACUUUGUGAAUGACAUCUCUGAGAAGGAGCAACGGUGGGGAGCCAAGACCAUCGAGGGCUCUGGACGUACAGAACAUAUCAACAUCCACCAGCUGAGGAACAAAGUAUCGGAGGAGCAUGAUACUCUCAAGAAGAAGGAGUUGGAAUCAGGGCCCAAAGCAUCCCAUGGCUACGGAGGUCGAUUUGGUGUAGAAAGAGACCGAAUGGACAAGAGUGCUGUGGGCCAUGAGUAUGUUGCUGAGGUGGAGAAACACUCUUCUCAGACUGAUGCUGCCAGAGGUUUUGGGGGCAAAUACGGAGUGGAGAAGGACAGGGCAGACAAGUCAGCAGUUGGCUUUGAUUACAAAGGAGAAGUGGAGAAACACACAUCUCAGAAAGAUUACUCUCAUGGCUUUGGUGGCCGUUAUGGAGUAGAAAAGGAUAAACGGGACAAGGCAGCUCUGGGAUAUGACUACAAAGGAGAAACAGAGAAACACGAAUCCCAGAGAGAUUAUGCCAAGGGCUUUGGCGGUCAGUAUGGAAUCCAGAAGGACCGAGUGGAUAAGAGUGCUGUUGGCUUCAAUGAAAUGGAGGCUCCAACCACAGCUUAUAAGAAGACGACACCCAUAGAGGCUGCUUCUAGUGGUGCCCGUGGACUGAAGGCAAAAUUUGAGUCCAUGGCUGAGGAGAAGAAGAAGAAAGAAGAAGAAGAAAAAUCACAGCAGAUUGCCAAGAAGCAACAGGAGAGAAAGGCCCUGGUAAAGAUAAGCCACGAGGCUCAGCCACCAGCAACCACUGUGGAAGAGCCAGUGGUGCCAGCCCCAUUGCCUAAGAAAAUCUCCUCACAGGUCUGGCCUCCAGCAGGGAGUUGCUCUUCGCCAGAGCCUGAGCCUGUGAGAACCAGCAGGGGACAACCAUUGCCUUCCUUGCCCUCAAGGCAAGAACCCCCAGAGGAUGAUGAGGAGCCCCCAGCUUUGCCCCCCAGGACUCUGGAAGGCCUCCAGAUAGAGGAAGAGCCAAUAUAUGAAGCAGAGCCUAUAUAUGAAGCAGAGCCUGAGCCUGAGCCUGCGCCUGCGCCUGCGCCGGAGCUGGAGCCGGAGCCUGAGAAUGACUAUGAGGAUGUUGCACAUAUGGACAGAAAUGAGCAAGAUGAUGAACUAGAAGGGGACUAUGAGGAUGUGCUGGAACCUGAAGAUGCCUCAUUUCCCUCCUCUGUGGCUGGAUCAUCAGGCCGUCCGGCUGGGGCUGGGAUCUCAGCUAUAGCCCUGUAUGAUUACCAAGGAGAGGGAAGUGAUGAGAUUUCCUUUGAUCCAGAUGACAUCAUCACUGACAUUGAGAUGGUGGACGAGGGCUGGUGGCGGGGACGUUGCCACGAUCGCUUUGGACUCUUCCCUGCCAAUUAUGUCAACCUUCUCCAGUAAAUGGCCCACAUUGUAUUUUGCACUGUGACUUCCCAGGAUCCAAGUGGCUCUGCCUCCACUUCCUCCCAUCCUGCUGCAAGUGUCUCAUAGGAUGUCAUGAGUUGCCUGAGGUUCUCGAUAGAUUUCCCUCUCCUUCUCCUUUAGGGUUUGGGGCAGAGAUAGCAUGAGGAUGAAGCUCUCCUUCUGUGUCCUCUCUAUCCUGUGUGAGCUCAGACACAUUCAUCUUGUUGCCCCACCUCCUUCCCCAUGAGUGUUCCUUCGAACACCUCAAACUCUGCCUUCUGCUUUUGUGAGCUCUGAGCUUCCUGGUUUGGUUACCGAGGAAGGUAUGUCUAGAUUGCCUGGUUUUCCUGGUUGUGCUAUUUGCUUACUUUCCUACCCUGCGGAGAUACCUUUUCUCUGCUCAGUCUUAAAGUUGGAAAUAAAGUGGGACUAUGUUUCACCUCUA